AUGAGAAGCCAUGCAAAAGUCAAAUCAAGAGCUGAAGUCAGCGGUGGAGGCAGGAAGCCAUGGAAUCAGAAAGGAAGUGGCCGGGCACGACAUGGAAGCAUUCGUUCUCCACUGUGGAGAGGAGGAGGAGUAGCUCAUGGUCCUCGGGGACCAAGCAGCUAUUAUUACAUGUUGCCCAUGAAGGUGCGAGUGCAAGGGCUGAAAAUCGCCUUAACGGCCAAGCUGGCUCAGGAUUAUCUUCAUAUUGUGGACUCACUGGAGAUUCCCACUCCAGACCCCCACUACCUGCUGGACCUGGUCAAACACAGGCAGUGGGGGGAUUCAGUCCUCAUCGUUGACGUAGGUGAUGAAUUCCCUCAGAACAUUCUUAAGGUGACUGAAGAUAUGAAAACAGUGAAUAUCAUUCCAGCUAUAGGUCUGAACGUCCACAGCAUGUUGAAACAUGAGAGUCUGGUUCUCACUCUGGAGGCUGUAAAAUUUCUUGAAAAGAAGCUUCUGUGGCACGAUGUGCGUUACGCUCCCCUGUAUCCCUUCAAACUCCCAUACAGUGACCUGCCAUGAACACAGCACACACUUCAAAGUAUUAAAAUGUUUAUUUCAUAAAAA